CUGAUCUAAUCCUUUGACCUGAAGGGUUCACUCAGGGCGAAACAUCUUGUCAUCCUCAAGACUGGAAAAGUUUUCCUGACUGCAGUGAUGAAGGGAAACAUGAUGAUCUUUGCUCCACUGUGUUUGCUCCUUUGCGGGAUGCUGCCUGUAGACUCCAUGAUGAUCCGUUUCAACUUCACUCUACGAGACGCCUACCAGGAGAUCCCAUUGAGCAUGGCUGAAGAUUCAGUUGAUGACAUGUACUUUGGCUGCAAUCAAGAGAUGAUGAAAAUGAUCAAGGACAAAUACUUUAAAAAUGAGAACAAUAAUAGCACAUUUAUGGUUUUCUGGAAUAAAGCGCAAGAUUGUGCAAACAAGAAACUAGAACAAAAAGAUAAAGGGGAUGAGGCUCUAACUAAGGAUCAUAUGCAAGCAAUCUGUGUUUAUACAUCUGGUUAUAAAAUGUUUCACAGAAUGUUCAAUGAUGCAAUCCAGAAUGGCAUGAGCAUAUAUAGCACUUUCUUCUCAUUUCACUCCUUACAUUUCUGGCUGACAUCCGCUGUACAGAUCCUCAGUAAUAAUAUAAAAUGUCACACUACUUACCGCAGAACCAGCGUUGUGUUUACUGGCAAUGUCAACCAAAUAAUUCGGUUUGGCUUCUUUGCCUCCAGUUCUUACAAAACAACACUGACCCACUUUGGUAAGAAGACCUGCUUUAAAAUUAAAACCUGUUCAGGUGGUUUCCUGAAACAUUAUUCAUAUCUUAAAGAUGCAGAACAAGAGGUGCUCAUUCCCCCCUAUGAGGAGUUCAAGAUAACUAUGAAAACGAAGGGUCUAUAUGUCGACGGUCUGAGUGAUUGUGAGGUUGUCUAUAUCUUGGAGAGUGCAGGAGUUCAUAGCAAUCUAAACUGCAAUGCUGCACACUUAGAGACCAGUGGUUCUUCUUUAACUGGUGGAGCAAAGUGAAAAUGUUUCGUCUUGUAUUGUAUAUGUGCAUUUUAAGCUUCUAAAAUCCAGGCUCAUUACCAUAUAGGUAAGCAUUUUCCUUAACCCGCAGGGGUUUUUAUACUUCCAACAUGCUACAGCAAUAUACAACAACAUGAGCAACAACUCUGUACAAAUUCUAAGAGCCAUUUGUUCCAUUAUCAGCAUUUCUAUGUGUAAGAAAUAUUUUUUGUGGAAAU